CAAGUCUGAAACUAGACCGGCAAAGCUGCAAUGCAAAACAACUUCCGUAGCCAUUUUGGCUCAAGUUCCUGCCGGCUCGGUAGAAUAUUUUCGAGCGUGAGGACCUUUGACGAUUCCACCCAGCACCCAUCCAGCUCGCCAUGGCACGCGCAGCGCCCGCCCUGGUCCUCGCCGUUGCUGCCGCCCCGAAGGGGGCGCUCGCUGCCAGUCUCUGCAUGGACUUGCCAAACUGGCGAGACAUUCAGCGUGGGAGCGGUGGCGCAGUGCAGGUGUGGGAUUGCCUCAUGUCGGACCAGCCUGGCCUGUCGGAGUUCGCGCGCGAGAACCAGCAGUGGCUCGUGCCAGCAUGCACUGGAGGUCCACAGCAGAUCCACUCGCAAGUUUGGGAGUGGUUGUGCUUGGACCUCGCAGGCGGCGACACGACAAACGGGAACGCGGUAGAGGCUUGGGAGUGUAAUGGCUUAGAAAACCAGCAGUGGGUCUUUGGAGAUGACUAUCACAUUCGGUACUUCGCAGACCAGGGCAAAUGCGUUGACGCUGGCGACAUGUCGGAGGGUACCCAGUUGACUAUCUGGGAUUGCAAUGGUCUGUCGCAGCAGAAUUGGGGCUACGACUCCGAUGGCUACAUGAAGACCAUCUUCCUCUCGGACUCUCGGCGCUUGCAUGUGCCCACUCCGGGCCAUCUGCGCGGCGCCCACAAUUCGAGCACAGCCGCCGCGGCGCUGGCCGCCGCAGGAGCACCGCGGAGCACCUCGGGGCAGCAGGAGGAGGCCAGGACUCCUCGGGCGGAUCGGGUCGCCGAGCAGCGUGGCUCCGCGCACAACCUGACGAGCAGUCCGUGCCCGGUGGACCCGCGCCAGAGGGCUUGCAACCCCGGCGAUGCCGGCCAGAGCUUCUCGCUCGAGGCCGUCUGCGACUGCCAGUUCGACUCGUUCUGCCGGGCGGAGUGCCCCGCGCCCCACGGGGCCGACUGCUGGAUUUGCACGGGCGGCGGCUGCCCGGGCGGCGGCCUGGGCCGCGACUUCGAGUCCGCGGUCGCCAAAGCGUACCCCGGCUGCCAGCCAUGCAAUGUCCCGAACGGUGGCGGAUUCGAUUGGAAGCUCUAUUCGAUCGAGGACCACCACUGCUAGGCCAAGAGGGCAGGUGCGGCGCCUCCGACGAGUUCGCCACGAAGCGCCGCAGGGAGGACUUUGGCACGAGCGGUCCAGGAAUUGGGCGGGCAGCGCGCGCCCGUCACUGGCCUCACUCAGCCGCGGGGCGCGGCGAGAGGAGCUCUCGUUUGGAUUCUCUUAGCAUGGGUUUGUGCCCUUCUGUAUAUAUAUAUAGAUACAUCGAAUAAUUCGGUGUGCCGAGCAGCAUUCGCUGCCUGGACCUGGCCCGCGCGGCACUCGGCAUGCCAGGGGUGCAGGCGUUUUCCUUCUCGACUUGUCGGGCUCACCAUAAGUGCAUGACGCUCGCGCAGUACAGUGCAUCCAACCUGAAGCUACAGCGGUCUCCGCCCACGCCGAAAAAAAUCCUGCAACGCAAAAACAUGGC